UCGUCAAGCCACCCCCCCCGAAAUAACCAGCCUUCGCCAGGAGGAGGACGAAGAAGGGGGCUUCACUAUUCCUCCCCAGCGGGAGCUGGGGGUCAGAGGUGGUGGUGAGGGGAAGCAGUGGAUGAACGUGAAAUCCUCGGCUGCUUUCCGAUCGGAGCGCAGCUUUCACCGGUCGGCGUCACCCGCCGGCACCAUGGAGCUUUUUGGGAGCUUUGUCCGGCCCCGUGGCGAGACCUUGGGGUUCCCAGCUCGGCCCGGCAACACCGGCACGGUGAAGACUUUGGGUAACACCUAUCAGUUCACAGUGGAUGUCAGUGACUUCGCCCCUGAGGACAUCAUCGUCACCACCUCCAACAACCAGAUCGAGGUGCACGCUGAGAAGCUGGCCACAGACGGCACCGUCAUGAACACCUUCACCCAUAAAUGCCAGCUGCCUGAAGAUGUGGACCCCACGUCAGUGUCAUCCUCGCUGGGGGAUGAUGGCACAUUGACCAUCCGGGCUCAGCGACAGCCCGCCAAACACACCGAACACGUCCAGCAAACCUUCCGGACUGAGAUCAAGAUCUGAGGGAUCAGGGGUCCCUUUUCCCCCCACCUCCCUCGUUAAUUAUUUGGGUGAUUUGGGAAGAAGGUGGGACGUGGGGUAGGGGACGGGAACACUCCCCCGUGAAGGGGGAGCUGAGGGGCCAGCGUGGAGAGACGCAUCCCAUUACCCACUGGAGAAACUCUGGAGGGGAGUCCUGGCUCCGGCAAUUUUUAGCCAGUGAGGGUUGAUGGGGAAGAUCUGGUGUGCCAAGAGCCCUGCUGGGAGCGAGAAGCGAGGUUCCCUUCCCUGACCCUCUGCUGGAGGUUGUCUCUGUAUAUACAGCUUGUGAUAAAUUAUUGAGAACGCCUGA